AUGGCGAAAACAUUGGCACAGGGCAGGAAGCCCGGGAGCGGGAGGAAGCCCGGGAAGGGGAAGACGCUGCGGGAGGGCAGGAAACCGGGGAGUGGGCGGCGGAGCAGGCGGCGUGCUGUGGAUGGUGCCGGUGCUGAUGCGAAGACUGGUGGUGGUGGUGGUGAAGGGAAGGGGAAGAACACUGCCUCCGUCUCGUCGCAGGAUAUGGCUGCUGUGGAUGCGCUGCGCGAGUUGACGGGCAGUCCGCAGACGCGAAUACAGAGCGGCGGGUUGCCCUCUUUGAACGAGAUUUUGAACUGUUCUUCAGCUGGCGAGGAUGUAAAUGCGAUUGCGCACGCGAGUGCUGCGGCAGUGGCGGCGACGGCUGGGUCUGCUGGAACCGGGACGGGUAGUCCCUUCAUAUCGCCCAACGAGCUCAACGCAGAGUACUACGACGCUUCAGCGGUGGAUUUGGCCGGGAACGGCCACGCUAACACUUUCCACGGACUUGUGGCAAGUAAUCACAGCGGCGGGACCCACAUGGAUCGCACAAACAGCACAAACAGUAGCACCACCACAUCCACAAAUACCACCCCAACCAAUAACAAUAAUAAUAUUCUAAGAAAGAUAUCGCCUGUAUCGGAUAUCGGUGCCGGACGAGCACACACAGUCGAUUCAUUCUACACCACGUAA